UGUAAAGAUAACCAAUAGAAAACCACCUUAUUUACAACCGGACUGUCACAUUUGACAAGACACCACCACGUCUGGACCAGCAAAACCAACAAAUUAUGGCUCAAUAUAGGCAACAAAAAAGAUUUUCUGACAACGAAAAGGGGUUUCAACCGGAUGAGGAACUUUCUGAUAUAUUGACAAAACUAUGGGAGAUGGAUGAAAACAAACUGAUUCCUGAAAAAGACUUUAGUAUUAAUCUGCAAAGUAGUGUUUCAUUCCAUGCCCGCGGAGAUCGGUCUAGGUGGCCAUUGUUUGAUCAUUUUGAUGAGGAGGGUGUGUUUGCUAAAGGAACAUUUGACGCAUUUUCAAAACUGUUAAACAAUUAUGAGAUGGAAUGUGGUGAAGCUGAAGUUGUGACAAGGGAAGAGAUCAUGGAGAAUAGAACAUUUAUUAAUGCCAUCAUGGAGACAAAAGUCAUGCAGGAAUGUCACAAAUAUCUCAUUGCAAAGGGAAAAGCAAAAGAAGACAUUGGAGACUUUAAAUGUCAACUUUACAAUCUGUGGUUUGUGCUCUUUAGAAGAACAAGGGGUGAUCGGGAUAAGGACUCGAGUAGUUUUGAGCACGUGUUUGUUGGUGAAUACAGAGACCAGGAAUUUAUUGGUCUGCAUAAUUGGUUACAGAUUUAUUUGUUGGAAAAGGCUGGAAAGAUAGAUUAUCAUGGAUACCUAAAAAGGGACACAAUUAAGGAUGAUUCAGAACAACGUCUAUUAGCACUACAAUUUACAUAUCACGAUGAGGAAGAUGGUCCUAUGGAGAAACCAGUCUGUAGUACAUUCCUUGGUACCAGCCCAGAAUUUGAAAUUGCAGCAUACACUAUAUUAUUCUUCACUAAACAGGGUAAGACAGAUGUUCAGCUGGGAGAGUAUGAAGUAGAGGUGGCCUGUUAUCCCCUGCAGCAUCGUUACAUAGGAACAGCUUAUAUAGCUGCUGCCAAGAUGUAAUAGGCUCACAAUAACAGGACAUCCUGGAUCAAAUAUGCAAACUCUGUCAUCUCUAGUAGUAACUUAUAUAAGGUUUAAAGGUGUGAUAUUAUACAUGUAUAUAAAGUACUAAUAUAGAAAACAAAAUAUUAAAAUCUGUUGAUUACAUAUAUUAUAAAGGAUAUUUUACACUGAAAGUUUUCUUUUUCCAUGGAAACAAGCAGCAAUCCGGGGCAUUAAUGAAUGUUAUUUAUAUAUUUAAAGAUUAAAGGUUGUUGCAAAUUUAUUUUUGUGAAGAGUUACAUAAACGUUUAAACUAUCAACGAAAUAUACUAGUAUAAAUGUACUUAUAAAGUGAACUGUAAUGUAAUGCAGUAAUUCAUCUAUUUAGCAUAUAUUUUUCCUCUAUAUAGGACAGGGAUAUUAAAGUACUUAAAUUGGUUAAUUUGUUUAUCAAAUAUAAACACAAUUGUGAAAAAUACUUCAGUCCCAUUAAUAGUUUGGUUGGAAGAAUUAUAAUAAAAAUUGUAUGUUAGAUAUGGUUGGGUGGGGAAAGAAAACAUUGUUGAAAUUGCGAUGCUCAGUGCAUAGUUUCAUUAAGCAACUGUUUUAAAUAUCGCGUGAAAUAUUUAUUUAUAAUUUGUGCCAAUAUAAAGGUUGUAUUUCACAGCAUAUACAAGGAAUUGUAGAUUAUUGUAAAUCUCUUUUAGUGAAUUAUUUUAUAUUAUCUUGAAGUCUUAUAUAAAAUCAGGUUGAUAAUUAUUAUUCUUGUGCAAAGGACUGUUAACACAACUGGAAAUAUAUUCAUUCAUUAUUAACCCUUAACCUGCUAAAUUUGUGUAAAAGAUUUUUCCCGCUUUAAAUUUGGAACAAUCCAUUUGAAAAUUAAGGGAUAUCAAAAUUCUAGCUAUCAAUAUUGUAGAGUCUGGUCAGACGCAUAAUACUUGACUGGCCUGGCUCUGUACUGGUUGCAAAGGGUAAUUCACUCUUAUUAGGAGUUAAAUAUACUUUACCUUGCCUCUGUCAUAUCUUGCUCAAUUAUUUUGAUAUUUUAUCAUGCUUUUAUUAUUGUAAACUUUGUAAACAGUUAUAAGCCAGGGUAUAUUACUAGGUUCUUAAAAAAAUGAUGUUACAGUAGCUAUUUUUUUUUUCCUUUCCUGCUUUGUAGAUUAUUUUUUGUAGCAAUUUUGUUGGAGUUUUUUUUUUUAAAGAUUUUUCAUGAAAUUUAUGUUCAAGUCUGAUGAUAUAUCCUAAAAAUUAUUGUGUUCCGUAAUGAGAAAUAUCUUAAAAAUUAUUGUCUUCUGUAAUGAGAAAUAUCCUGAAAAUUAUUGUGUUCCAUAAUUGAUAUAUCCUGAAAAUUAUUUUGUUCUGUAAUGAGAUAUAACCUGAAAAUUAUUCUGUUCUGUAAUGAGAUAUAUCCUGAAAAUUAUUGUGUUCUGUAAUGAGAUAUAUCCUGAAAAUUAUUGUGUUCUGUAAUGAGAUAUAUCCUGAAAAUUAUUUUGUUCUGUAAUGAGAUAUAUCCUGAAAAUUAUUGUGUUCUGUAAUGAGAAAUAUCCUGAAAAUUAUUGUCUUCUGUAAUGAGAAAUAUCCUGAAAAUUAUUGUGUUCCAUAAUUGAUAUAUCCUGAAAAUUAUUUUGUUCUGUAAUGAGAUACAUCCUGAAAAUUAUUGUGUUCUGUAACAAGAUAUAUCCUGAAAAUUAUUGUGUUCUGUAAUGAGAUAUAACCUGAAAAUUAUUGUGUUCUGUAAUGAAAUAUAACCUGAAAAUUAUUGUGUUCUGUAAUGAGAUACAUCCUGAAAAUUAUUGUGUUCUAUAACCAGUUACAGAAUAACUUCUAAAAGGAAAAUUAUUGAACAUGAAUGAACUGUAUUGAAAGUUUUAAGACUGCUAUUUUACAGUAAUGCAUUUACGUACUGUUACACAAUGGUGCUUUGUUAUGUCAGAUUUCUACCUCUGAAUCUCAUACAUGGUUCUUGUUGUCUUUAUUUUAUGUGUUUCCAUUAGAAACUCUUGCUCUGUUUCACUUUUGUUAUGGUUUUGUCUUCAUUUAGGACUGGGGAUUAAUUUUAUAUUCAUUUGUUGUUGUUUUUUUCUAUCAAUGGUGAUUGUUUACAGUAGAGUAGAAUUAAAGCUAUUGUUUUAUUUUAUCAGCAGGUGCUUAUUUUUAUUUAGAUUUUUUUAAUCAAAUUUAAACUCUGAUUGAACAUUAUGAUUCUUUAUAACUAUUUAGUUUAUGAUAAUAUAUAUCUAUAUUGUUAAGACUGCUUCUUAAUUUGUCUAACUUGCUUUUAAAAAUAAAAAUUUGAUUUAUGUGCAAAAGUACAUGCUUAAAAUUAGGUAAAAAUAAUGUAACUACACUAUACUUGUCACAGUUGUCGGACAACCAAACACCAAUAAGGCAAAAGGGUUUUCUUUUUAACUUGAAAUGUUUUUUCUUAGAAUCUUGUGUUAGCAAUUAAGUUGUGCAAUAAAUCUUUACAGUGUAUGAUUUGUUAUUAUGUUCAAUAUCAUUCAAGGUUAUUUGUUGGAAUAGACACCAGUUACCUCUUGUGUUAAAAUGACUCUAGUAAUUACAUACCCAUAUAUAUGUAUAUGUGAAGCUUCUUAGAAGAUCCUUCAUGUCAUAUAAUUUGCUAUUGAAAAAUGAAAAUGAAUAAGUAAAAAGACUUUGAAGUGUUUCUGAAAAAGAAUGGUAAAUUUGUUCCCUCUGUUUUAUUUUUGUUUGUUUAAGUUUUAAAUAUUUCAAAGAUGAAAACACAUCAUGUUUUCUUGUAGGCAUUUAUUGAAAGUAAAAAUUAUAUUCUUUCUGUAUAUAAAAUCUUGAUUGUUUUUUUUUAUAUGGGUCAGUAUUUGUAUUUUUCAUUGGUCUGUAGAAUUGUUCUUGACAUUUGUUUUCAUUGGUCUGUAGAAUGUUAAUUGUUGCAUUUGAAAUUUAUAUUUGCCAGUGUUUUGUUACUCUUGACUUAAAAAUUGUUAAAAUAACAUAAAGUGACAUGUAAAUGCUAUAUUUACCAUUAUUUUCUUACUGUUAAUGUUUUAUCUUUAUUUUUUACAGAGCACUAUAUUUUCUAUAUUUCUUUAAAAAAUGUUUACAGUGUACUCAGAGAUUGUAAAAUACUGUUUUGCAUUUACAAGUCAUUUUUUAUGAAGUUUCAUAUAUGUUAUUCAGGGUUUUUAUAUGAAUGAAACUAUAAAUGCACAUUUAUAAAACUACAUGUAUCUGAAACUAGUGGAUUUAUUUUUGCACAGUACCUUCACUGGUCUUAAUAAAUAAAUUUGCUUGCCAGUUCACAUCAAUUCUUAAACAUUCAAACAACUGUGUAUAAAAUAUUAAGAAAGAAAAUUUUAUAAACAAAAUGGCAGCCAGUUUAGAAAUGUGUUUCUGUAUACAUUGAUUUAAUUCAUAAAGAACGGUGAAUUUGAAAUGGAGGUUGUUGGUAAGAUGCGUAUUGAUUCAAUCUCAUUGUUUCACUUUCUUGUCUUCAUGCCAAAUUGAGUCAUACUUUGCAUUAUGAAAAAACCUUGCAUGUUCUAUGUUCAUUGUACAUAUAUUAUUAUUCUGGAUCCUUUAAGGGAAUACAAAGAAAACUCUUAUUCAUUACUUCCCUUAGAAUGCUAUGAAUAAGAAUCUAUGAAGAUUAGGUUCUUUCUAUUUUCACUGUCACCUUGUGCCUGAAAUAAUGUACGGAGUGCAAGGGAGGCCUACCUACACUAGUUUUGUCUUAAAGUUUCUUUGAAUUGUAAAAUGCCUCUGGUAUCCCAGGAGUCACCAGAGAAGAUACUGUAUUCCUAGAAAUUAUUUUGUGCUUUUUGUUACAAAAAAACAACAACAAAACAAAAGCAAAAGUUAUAUUAUCUUUUAUUUACAAAAGAAGGUCUUUUGUAGUCAAGUUGUAUACAUUAUUCCUAUAUUUAAGCUGUAAGCAAUUCUAAAUAGUCCAAGGACCAGGUGUAUGUGUGUAUAUACAAAUACAUGUAUAUAUCUCACCAAACUUUCCCCAUGCAGUUUUUAACUUGACAGUUUUUAAAUUCUGUUCUCUAGUAACUUGAUAAUACUGAUAUGUUUAUUUUUUCUCUGAUAUUAAUUUUUCUUGCCAAUGUAGUCAAACUGUUAUAUAUUCAUUUUGUACCAUUUUAUACACAGGUUGCGGCAAUUUACCUAAUUAAUUUAUAUAUAUUUUAGCGUUCAUUUUUUGUUACAAAACAUAUUUUAGAAUAAACUUUUGUACACAUGU